AUGACUUCUAUAAAGGAGCAGGCAGCCAUCAGCCGGCUCUUGAGUUUUUUACAGGAUUGGGACAAUGCUGGCAAAGUUGCAAGGAGUCACAUCCUCAACACUUUCAUCGAGACCAACCAAGGCAAGACCGCCCCUGAACUGGAGCAGGAGUUUUCUCAGGGAGCCAGCUUGUUCCUAGUACGCCUGACCACCUGGCUUAGACUCAUCUAUAUGACUGGCUCGUGUUUAGAUAAGCUUCUAAAGUCAAUUGGCAUCUUCUUGUCAGCUGUAAGCAGUAAUCAGUACCUUAUAGAAUUUCUCGAGGUUGGAGGCGUCCUAACACUCUUGGAAAUACUUGGGCUGGAGAAGAUCAAGGAGGAGGACAAGAAGGAAUCCAUCAGGCUACUUCAGGUCAUUGCGAACUCUGGCAGGAAGUACAAGGAGCUCAUUUGUGAAAGCUAUGGUGUAAGAUCCAUAGCAGAAUUUUUGGCAAAGUCUAAAUCAGAAGAGACCCAAGAAGAAGUGCAGAUUCUAUUGGAUUCUUUGGUCCACGGUAAUCCCAAGUACCAGAAUCAAGUGUACAAAGGUCUAAUAGCUUUGCUGCCUUGUGCAUCCCCAAAAGCUCAGCAGCUCUCCCUGCAGACUCUCAGGACUGCACAGUCGAUCGUUGGGACCACACACCCCAGCAUUGUGGACUGCGUGCUGAAGGUACUGCGCACGAUGCACCUGGAAGUGCAGUAUGAAGCCAUCGAGCUGAUCAAGGACCUGGUCAACUAUGACGUGUGUCAGGCGCUGCUCAAGGGCCUCGUGGCGCUGCUGAUACCAUCAGUCAAGGAGACCAGCAAACUGCAGCCCAAGAUCCUCAACGACUCCGCGGUUCUCCAGCUCACCGCCAACCUGCCGGUGUUCUUGCAGCAGGCCGCGGCGGCCAAGGCCAUCGGGGUCCUGGCGCGCAGCAACACGAGCAUCGCCGAGGAGAUGCUGCACCUGCGCGUGGUGCACAACCUGAUGGCCGCCAUGGGCAACACGGACCACAGCAACAGCCAACGGCAGGCCAGCCUCACGCUGGAGUACUUCGUGCAGAUGUUCCCAGUGGUGGAGGAGCACGUGCGCAGGUCCAUGGGAGAGGAACUCUACGAGCUCUUCCUCAGCAAUGCCGAGGACUUGUACAUGAAAAUAGAUAGCAUUCAGGCGGACAUCUUGGCGGCCAACAAAGUCAAUGUUUCCAAAGCGUUAUCCAUCAGUGGCGUCUCCUACAGCAACAUGAGCUUUUACCUUGGCCCUUGUGGUGAGGAUCAACUGGCUUACACCACAUACUUCCAGAAGGAGGGUUCGGAAGGAAAGGAGUAA